AUGAAUGACACUUGCAAAGCAGCAAUAGCAUCUACACAAAACCAUACAGACAUGUUUAGCCAAGGUGAUCUUUUAUUUUGGCGAUGCGAAUAUGCACAAGCCAAGCAAUAUUUCGAAACAAUUUUAAAUCAGUCAUCGGCAACUCCUAUUGAAUUAGCUCGAUGCUAUCAUUCACUCGGUGCAACAAAUGCCAAACUAAAGAAUUAUGCAGAAGCAUUGAAAAAUCACGAGAAAGAAUUGGAGACAUUAUUAAAAUUGGAAACAUCGGAUAAGAUCGUGACAGAUACGGUGAAAUGUUACACGUCAAUUGGGAAGAUCCAUUGUUUGACAUCGAAUAACGCUGAAGCCAUCAAUUGGUACAAACAGGCACUUGAUCUUAUAGCGACUAUUACUCUAGAUUUUGAUCUUAUCUCCAAUAUUUAUAAAGAUUUGGCCAAUCUAUAUACAAGAACACAUGACUUUGAACAAGCAAUGAGUUAUUUCACAAAGGCACUUGACAUCGAUCGCGAACAACUCAGAGAGAAUCAUCCAAAGUUGGGGCAAACAUACGCGAAUAUGGGAGCUAUGUAUUAUCAGCAGCAUGAUUAUAAAAAAGCACUAGAAUACUUCUUAAAAGCUGAUGAUAUAUGGCAGAAAUCUCUAGCAUCAACUCACGCCUAUCGUGAAUCUAUGGGAAAGACGAUCUGCCAAGUUGAACGAAAACUAAGUGAAGUAUCUGCUCCACAGUACAAGAACAGAUUAAAAGCCAUUCGUACGCAAUUGGUCUCAUUACAAACAAGCAUGGAACCGGGGUGGUCGUUAAAACAUUAUGAUCCUGACGAACUCAGUCCAUGGGAACUUAUUGUGGAAGGUCCUGCUGGUACACCAUAUGAAAAUGGUCGUUUUCAAGUGAUAGUAAGAUUUCCUCUUGAUUAUCCAUUCGAGGUUCAGGAGAUAUCCUUCAUUACCAAAAUUCUCCAUCCAAACAUCGAUCCUAAUGGACGCAUCUGUUUCGAAGUACUUAUGGAUGGUGGUUGGAGUCCUACACGGAGUAUACGGGUUUUACUACAAAGUAUUCAGAAAUUACUUGCUAAUCCGAAUUUUGAUGACUUUAUCUAUCCGGAAGCGGCUUUCCUUUUCAAAGAAGAUCGUGACAAAUUUCAGCAAAAAGCGAUCGAGUGGACUAAAACGUUUGCCACUCACGAUGUUCCAACGACUUCACCGCAAUCAUCGUCUGCGCUCGAGAAGGCUGAAAUAAAUGUGAAACGAACUGAGCAAUCACAGCUCAGCGCUGACGGUGCAUCAAUUUGGCUGUGGAAAUUUAUAUCGCCUGAAAAAGUUCAGUGGCUUUGGUUUUGGAAUAUCGAGAUAUCGAUUCUUGAUCAUGCGUAUUUAAAUAAGCAGAAAAGCGUCGAACUAGACAGCUGCAUUGUUAAUUUGGACGAAGGCUACCGAGUAAACAAAGAAGAUGGAACUAAGACCGAAGUUAUUCGUGUUACUGACCCUCAGUACAACGCAGAGAUUCGUGAGAAAUGGAACGCCAAACAACAAUUAGCAGAAUAUGCUACCUUCUACAAUGAUACAUCAAGCGAUCAAACGCCCAUCCUUGACAAGUGUUUAUCAUUAGACGUCAACAUUUCUGCCGUUGCAAAUGGUAUUCGUAACGAAGGCAGGUUAAUUGGAAAGCCGAUCGAAGCUAAUUAUAUCGCUGAAGAAUUAGAACGUGCUGCCCAAGCUGAUCGUUCUUUCGUAGGUUUACAAUGUAUUCAUCAAUAUACGCGCAGUUCAUUUCUGUAUAUGAGUCUCAACGAGUUUCUAUGUAAUAAUGACUUAAGUAAACUCGACAAUCUUGGACCAUAUUUAAAACUACUCUUUUUGCAUUUCAAAGAGUAUUCUCUCACUGCAGACGCAUUAACCGUCUAUCGCGGUACUAAUCUGUCUUCCACAGAACUGCAAGCUUAUCAGCAAGCAAUUGGUACGAAUACGUACCGAUGGUUUGGUUUUAUAUCGACGAGUAGAAGCAGAAAAGUGGCGGAAUUUUACGAUGCAAACACGUUAAUGAUUAUUCAGUUGAAAAAACAGUAUCCAAAUGAUGGACGAGCAGUGGAUAUCAGAGUUUUAUCCCAAUUUCCUGAAGAGGAAGAGGUACUACUCCGAGCGGGCGUACAGUUCUGCGUGGAGAAAGUCGAAUUCGACGAACAGAAGAAAAAACAUAUAAUACAUAUUGAGGCCUAUGUUUGA